GGCGCCCCGAUGCGACAGCUUCCAGCGGCAGCCCGGCGUCGGUGUGGGCUGCUCAGCGAACGCCCUGACGUCUCCCCCUUGGCGGGGCGGGGCCGGUCGCGCAGAAGCCAGGAGUCCUGUCGUUCGCUGCACAGCGGCCGUCUGCUCGGCAUGCCUGGUAUGCUGGAGGACGGGAAGAAGUUCGAUUCCUCCCGCGACAGGAACAAGCCAUUCAAGUUUGUGAUGGGCAAGCAGGAGGUGAUCCGCGGCUGGGAAGAAGGCGUCGCGCAGAUGAGCGUCGGGCAGAGAGCAAAGAUGAUCAUCUCCCCAGACUACGCUUACGGCUCGACCGGCCACCCCGGCAUCAUCCCCCCAAACGCCACGCUCAUUUUUGAUGUGGAGCUUAUCAGAUUGGAAUGACAGGAGGCCCCUUCCUCAACUCCCUGUUCUUGGGUUUGGCACAUGGAGGAAUCCAGAAAUCUCAGCUUCAAGAAAAAUGCACAUGACUUUGUAUGGAGCUUUUCCUGAUAUUCCACUACACUCAUUGUAUAACCAUCUGCCCUGAUUGAAUGUGUCCGAUCACUCAGCUUUGCUUCUGAACCUUCCUCCUGGCCUUGCGGUUUUAGGUCUCUGCCACUUCCCUGCCAUAAACCUCCCCUUUUGGGGGUCACA